CGAUCGCGCACGCAGUCGUGCUCGAGCAGAAGUGCGAGUUGGGUUGGUGAGAGUUUGUUCGUGCUCGUGAUCGUUUACGUUUUGGUGUCGCGUUCAGUGUUUCCGAUUUCUUUAACGAUUUUCGCGUGGACCGUUUGUCGAUCGACGCGAAGAUGACACCUCGCCGGUUUCUACGUUAAACAAGGCUCCCGUGCAAGGCAACUCACGCCAACCAGCAGGAUGAUGCAGGAAAUCACGGACCAGUCCUCCAGGACGGUACUCCUUAACACGUUUGUCGUGAAAAAGAAACGGUGCAGGGUCUACUUUCAUCGCGGCACGCUGAUUUGGGAAACGGAGAAACCGCCGUACACAAGAUGGACGCUACCCCUGACGGACGUGCUGGCCGUUCGUUACGGAGACGAUUGGAUCCCGGGGGUGAACGCUAAAGAAAAACAACCACCUACGUCGCCCACGUCUCCUACCGUUUGCCCUACCAACUUCAUUUUACAUUACGCCGUUCGCGGACCAAAGAACAAAUGGAGUCAUCACAGUGUCACGAUGAGCCACACCGAUCCCAGACAAGUGGCUUCCUGGGUCAAGACCAUACGAAAUUAUCUGAUGGGUUUGACCCACCGUCCCAGAAGAAUACUGUUGUUCGUGAAUCCGUUUGGCGGAAAGAAGAAGGGGGUGAAAAUUUGGGAGAAGGACGUGCAGCCCUUGAUGACCAUCGCGGGCAUCGAGACAAAGAUGCUGGUCACGGAAAGGGUCGGCCACGUUCGCGACACGCUUCUGACCGCCGCCGAUUUGAGCGACUUCCAUGCGAUCGUGUGCAUCGGCGGAGACGGCACCUUCGCGGAGGUGAUCAACGGGCUGGUGCUGAGGACGUCGAAGGACCAACAAAUCGAUUUUAACGAUCCCGAAGUCAGACUACCAACCCCUCCGUUGCCCAUAGGCGUGAUACCCAGCGGGAGCACCGACACCGUGGCGUACAGCCUCCACGGAACGACGGACGUGCAAACCGCAGCGAUACAUAUCAUUUUUGGCGACAGCACUGGCCUCGAUAUAUCGUCCGUGCACAACGACCGGGCGUUCAUCAGGCUGUACGCCAGCGUUCUUAGUUACGGCUAUCUGGGAGACGUGAUCCGGGACAGCGAGAAGUUCAGGUGGAUGGGUCCCCAGAGAUACGACUACUCCGGUUUCAAGAAAAUCAUCGCGAACAAAGGGUACGAGGGCGAGAUACAACUUUUGUCCGACCCUUGCCAUCCCGCAACGAGCACAAGAUGCACGAAAAACUGCACCAGAUGCUUGCAGCACAUGCAUAACAGCGUUCCCGACAAGGAAAUUUCCAGAUGGAUGACCGUCAGAGGGAAAUUUUUCAUGGUGAACGGUGCCAACCUCGCCUGUGCUUGCUCCAGGAGUCCCAUGGGCUUCAGUCCUCACUGUCACGUGGGAGAUGGCUGCGUUGACGUGAUUCUAGUUCGACAUACCUCGCUUCUGAACAACAUCAGAAUGUUGCUCAGGCUGUCCAGCAAACAGAAAACUCUGUACGAUCUACCGUUCGUCGAGGUGUACAGAGCGAGGGAGUUCACAUUCCGGGCCAUGCCCACGCUGCACAUGCAGUCCGCGAACGAUAUUAACACCGGUUAUCUGAAAUCGAGUCUGAGCGUGUGGAACUGCGACGGCGAGGUGAUCGAUAACUCCAACGUGAAAAUCAGGGUACACUGCCAACUAGUGAACGUGUUCACACGGCGAGCUCAAGAACCAGUCGACGAGCGAACCUGCUUUUGUUAGUGGCGAACCGAUCGACGUUCCAAUGUCGCGCAUCGGUUGGAACGGGAGACCGAGCACGCCAAACGAUGGCAUCCAAGUCGCACAGUUCCUCGGACUUGUCCCAAUUAACUACUCGCUGUGACGAUAUUAACGAGUAGCCAUUCGAAUGGCAACGAUCGAACCCGAUCGAGCGGCAACGGUACUCGUAGGUAUUAUUUUUUUAACGAAAUUUAUUUGUUUAAAAUAUUUUUAAUUGGAUAUCGGCACGAGUGCUCUGUCCUGGUGCUUUCUACAAAUUAUGAAUUUCCAAAGUUUGAAGCGCGAUCAUUCGGACGUUUAAAAAUUAUAUUUACGUUCGUAUAUUAUUUAUGUAAUCGAAACAGUAUUAGAUAGUAUUAAAUAAAAGGAAGAAUAUCUCGUCAAUCCGAAACGCUAUCGGUUGCGUGGUGUCGCUGCCGCUGGAUCGCUGAUCUCUACCGUCUGAUCAUCAACGGAAUACUUCACUGUUACAGAUGUUCACUGUUAAGA